CAAAAUUAUUUUUCCCGACACGGGCGUAUAUUUUUCUUCCUUACGCCGCUCGCGGAGGAAGCGCAGCAGGGGAGGGGGAAUCGCUCAUUCCAUCUUCCAUGUUCCAUCCCUGGGGUAGGGAGAAGAGGAACCGGCCCGGUAUGACGUAGGCCAGGCCACACCAGGACCAGGCCACACGUAUAGCAGCCCGGAGUCCGGAGUAGAGUUAGAGUUAGAGGCCGGCUCCGCUUUCCUCGUCCGUUCGGAGAUCCGAUCGGUGCGUCACGGUCACGCGUGUGUCAUCAGCGUGCGAGUCUGCGAGUGCAAGCGGCUAAUAAGUAGCGGAAUCAUUGCCGCGCCGCGCCGUCGCGAGCGACCGGUUGGUUUGGUGGUCGGCUGUCCGCCCCCCGCGUUCGUUCCCGCACGUCGUCGUCGUCCGUCCGGCGGUCCGGCCUGUCCGGCGCGCCGCCUAAUCGGAGCGGAGCGGAGCGGAGUGGAGCGGUGAGCGUGGCGUAGCGCAGCGCGACGCAGUGCAGCGAGGGGAACGGCGCGCGUCGUCGAGUCUAGGAGCACAGCCGGUGGUGGUUCGUCCAGCCAGCACGAUGGUCGUCAAGAUCUACGUAUCGGGUAUCAGCGGUAACAAGGAAGUGAAGAAAAGACAGCAACGCGUGAUGAUGAUUCUAGAUAGUAAAAAUGUGGAAUAUGAGAUCAUCGAUAUAACGGAGCCAGGCAAGGAAUUGGAGAAAGAAUUCAUGCAAGCUAACAGUAAUGCUAGAAACAACAAGUAUCCAUUGCCACCACAGAUAUUUAACGAGGAUGAUUAUUGCGGUGAUUAUGAAGAUUUUGAUUUAGCAAACGAAAUGGACGAAUUGGAAAAGUUUCUAAAAGUGACGCCGGCAGUGAGUACCGCAGAAAUCACUCUCGAUUCGAAGUCUCAGAGUGAUGGAAUUCAAGAGAAUGGGAAUACUUCAAGUCGAGAGCCCUCCGCGGACAAAGAAGCAGAUAUAUUACUUUCGGACAGUUUACCAGAAAGGACAACUCUAGAAAGUGAGACUAAAGCGUUAGACGACUCUAAACCAACCGAAGUAGAUAGCGCGGCAAAAGUAGUCGCUAGCGACGAAGGUGAACACGCUGAAGAUAGUGGCGAUAAAAAUGAAGAAAAGUCCGAUGACCAGGAGAAAGAGGAAUAGAUACCGAGAUAUACCCAUGUAAAGUUGGGCUAUUCCACACAAUGACAUCCUUCCUUUUCCACCCACAAACGUAUUUUGCAAAGCUACGUUUAUUACAUUACUAAGGCUGAAUGAAGGUACUGCCAAGAUAAUAUUCUGCAUUGCAGAAAGUCUGUUGAAUGAUCAGUAUAAAUGACGCAUGGAACAUUCUUUUAUAGAAUAUACUUUGUAUUUUUAGAUCAAACGCGUCUUCACCAAUGUUUUGCCACAGGUCUGAUUAGGUGAUAUGAGACAAUUCCUUCAUAUCGCUAUCUUUAUAUAUACAUCCUCACGUUUGUUUAUUAUUUUUGCAUUGUUUCGCACCGCACCAUACCCGAUACAUCGUAGCAUAUCCAAUAAUCGAACUGAAGUAUAUAUUUUUCUUUUACAUGUGCAACUUUCUCGUUAUUUUGUUGCCGCGUGCAAAACGUACAAAAAUAAAUAUAGGAUAUAGCAACAUAUACAUAUACACAAUAUCAUUUGAGAUAUAUGAGGACAGAUAUAUAGAUAAAUACAUACUAUAAUAACAUUUUUUAAUUUUUAGAUAUAAUUAUUGAUUUGUUACACCCGUGAGAAAAAAAUUUUUAUAUUUAUAUUAUACUUUUUUUUAAUCGAACACAACAGUAUUAAAGAUAGGUUUGGCUUGUUAGAAAAAUUUGUAUUUGGACAUUUCUUGCGUUAAGAUAAUCAAAACAGUCUUUCCAAGUAGGCUUUAAGAAGUCGUUGAUUUCUUGAGCUUAUAUAUUAAAUAUGUUAGAAGUAGUUAUUAUAGAAAGAACAGAACAAAAGAAGAUUUCUAGAUUUUUAUAACUGAAUUAUAUGAAUAUCUUUUCUAUAAUAUAAGCUUCCAUUUUCUAAGCAUGACAAAAUUAUGCUGGUGUAAAUGACUCAUACUGGCGUGACAUGAUUUCAUUGAUAUGUGUGUAUAUGACUCAUGCUUAUUCAAUAGUCUAUUCGAUCAUUAGAAUCUUUGUGUCUAAAACGAACGAUUAAGUUCUCUAAAAAAAGUUCUAUUUUUUAAAACGGAAAAACUGGUUUACCAUGCUUGUAAAUUAUAUUGUAAUGAUAUAAAAGUUUAAAGCAAAAGUGAGAGAAUUUCUUACAACUGCUACUAUUGAAACAACACAAUCAAUUUAACAUAUAUCAUACAAAAAAUUUUUCAUGUCUGGCAUAAAAUGAUAAUGUACAAUGAAUUUAAAAAAAGAAUACUGUAUACAAAUCUUAUGUUAUUCAAACUGGUUAUGCUCUAAAUAGCUAUGCGUGAUAAUAGCGGCAGUUGUACCGAUCACAAAAGGCCUAUAUAAAUUGUUUCUCUUAUUAUUUUUAGUCAUGACAUUUUCUUCCUAUGCUCAGCAAGAUUAAUAUCUUGCAUAAAUCUUUUAUUGCUUAUCUAUAUCAAGCAAUACUUCCAUCAUAAAAAAAUUAAGCUUUAUCCAGUAUUUGCUACAAGUUGCUUUGUUAAAAAAAUAAAUAAAUGAAAUAAAACAUUA